AUGGCUUCAGCAGGUGACAUGAAGAUACAGACUCUGGCAAAAGAAAUGUACAAAUCACAGAAUUAUCACUUCUNAGAAUAUGUAUCGAAGAUGGCUUCAGCAGGUGACGUGAAGAUACAGACUCUGGUAUUUUUUGAUACUGAAACUACUGGACUUUCACAUUUGAUAGGCAAAAGAAAUGUACAAAUCACAGAAUUAUCACUUCUAGCUGUUGACAGAAGAGAAUUUGAAAACAAUAAUGAAAACAUUCGUGUCAUUAAUAAAUUAAACCUCUUCUUUAGACCACGUUGCCAUAUUUCAUCCGGUGCUGAAAAAUUGACAGGUUUAACCGAUUCAUUACUUCAGUUUCAAGAAACAUUUAUAAACAGUGCUGAAUUAAUAAAAUUAUUCCUUAAAAGAUUAAAUAAACCUAUUUGUAUUUUAGCUCAUAAUGGUAAUAGAUUUGAUUUUCCUCUUUUAAGAGCAGAAUUUAACAAUUCUGAAAUGGAUAUUUCUGGAUUCAUGUUUUGUGCAGACACCUUACCUGCCUUCAGGUCCAUUCUUUCUAAAAUACACAUUAAAAUUGAAUCUCCUUCAGCAAGGAAUGAAGAAUCAAAUCAAAUUGAAUAUCUUACUGAUGCUCUUACAAAUGUACAUUUGGAUAAUAAAUGUAACAAUGACAAAGAUGACAAUAUUGUUAAAGAUAAUAUAGACUUUCUCAAAAGAACUCCAUCUAAUGAAAUAUGUAAAAAAUCUGCAGACAUGCGACAAAUCUCGGAGGAUCAGAAAUUAUGUAAAACAGAACGUUCAGUCAGAAAACAGCUACUUACUAAUUAUCCAGAUGUUAAACAGAAUACUUCUGUUGAUAAAAAAACUCCAUCAAAAACAAAGGUAAAAAUGUCUUACAAAUUAAGCAGCCUGUACGAAUAUUUUUUUAAUUGUCCUCAACCCGAUUCACAUGCAGCCGAAGGUGACGCUUUGGCUCUGUUAAAAAUGGCAAAGAAAAUAAAUGAUCAGUUUCUGACAUGGAUGGAAGAAAAGAAAGUCCCAUUUGAAAAUAUAAACCCAUUAUGGUAAUAAUUUAAGAUAAUUUUUAGUCAUUAUACAUAGAAAUAUAGGUAAUACACAUUGAAUAAUAAUGCAAGAAUGUGCAAUGAAUUGCUUUUAGUUAUAUAAAAAAAAUUCAUUAUUGAAUUAUUUUUUGUAAUUGCAUGCUUCAGCUUUAUUUUUUAAUCAUAACUUUAUAUUUUUAUAACAAUCCACGAAAAACCUUUUUUUACGAGUGUUUUUUACGAGACUCCCGGCAAUAUCGAGAAUACGAAGAGCCGCCUCUGCGGCUUGGUGAUCCCGAGUUUUGAUUAUUAGAAGACCACUACGGGAGUAGCGGACAAUCUAGCAGCAAUUCCGGUCGGGGGAAAUGCAGUUUGAGGGCCGCAUGGAGCUCAGCCGGACGAAGACGUCGGAGAGGUCCCUGUCCUUCCAGAAAAAUCGUAUAGAUUUGGUCCGAAGGAAGGGACGAACGGAUGGAGAAGAGUUUCUCCAAUUCCGACAGAGGAGAAAUAAAUCUUAAUUCGUCAGAAGUAAUGAGUGCUUCCGAUCCCGAUGGUGGCUUUUGAAGGCGCUCGCGCGACUGCGACGCCAUUACCGAGUCCGGAGGAGAAGCCACUCCGGCUGAAAGAAAGAGGAAAACUCCUACCUGGACAGAGAAGGGGACAAAGAGGAAGACCAGAAGCUAAAGAAUAAGGAAGAAUGUAGUAAGUUUUGGUGAUUAAAGAUAGAUGGGUGGAUAAAGGGAGCCAGUCA